AUGGUUUUUAAGCAGAGUGCCAAGGAGGAGAACAUGAGUACGCUGGUUACUUGGAGGCAUCCUGAUUUGAGGUUUGUGCCGGGGGUGCGGGCGGUGGUGGAGGAGGAGAGUGAGGAGGAGAGUGAGGAGGAGAGUGAGGAGGAGAGUGGUGAGGAGGGGAGUGAGAGUGGGAGUGAGGAGGGACAGGAGGAGGAGGAGGAGAGUGAGGAGGGGGAAGGAGGUGAUGAUGACAACGAGCUGCCAGGAGCAAUGCUGGACCCCCUGAUGGGCAUAUUGACACGCACCCCUCAGCAGGCUGUCGUCAAGUACGCCAAGCCCUUCCCCUUUGAGAAGCUCCCCGGGUUCAUCCAGUUUGACAUCUUCAAGAAAGUCCUCUUCAAAGACGGUCAGCUGAUCCACUGCGUCUCCCGACUGGACGCCUUCCACCCCCCUUCCACCUUCCCCCCCGAGGAAGAGCUGGAGCGACGGUCUGGACUGCGGCACUUCUUCUUCUGGGGUCCGAAAAAAGACUGCUGUGUCAACACCGACGGCCACGAACCCGCCGAGGUGCUCGCUUUACUCCAAGGCUCCAAACGGUUCCUCUUUCUGGGCACGCACGUCUUCUACGGGCUCAACACCUUUGCCUUUUCAUCCCUGGGCGAGUUUCAUCGCUUCUGUCAGGGGAGCGGGGUUGCGAGGGUGGAGAGGAUUCAGCAUGUUGAGAUUGUCUGGACGGGCAACCAGCACCUCACGGCACCGACAUACAGGCGGGUGGCGGCGAAUGGCGAGGAGGUUGGCGCGCCCAUGGUGCCGUUCUCGCGGAGGACUCACGCGUUGAGCUGGCUGGUUGAUAUGAAGAGGUUGAAGACGCUGGUGGUGCAUAUCAAUGAGUCGCAGAAGAGUUGUAUGCGGAGGGGGACGGAGCACCCGGCUAUGAAGAGGCUGCUGGGGAACAAGACCAAGGGGCAGCCUAAUUACAGGAUGAAUAGGGCUUUGAGGACGGUUCAAGGGGUGGAUUAUAUUUACCAGCUCAGGGGGAUGGAACGGGUGAAGUGGUAUGAUUUGAACAAGGCGGUCCGCUCGGGUGGUGGGGUGAGGCACGAGGUGGAGGAUUGGAGUUUUGAGAGGGAUAUUGAGACUGUGGUCGCCAUGCCCAAGGUGCCAAUUAGGGCCGAGGGGAGUCGGUUAGAGAAGCUGAGGAGGCUGGUUGGAAGGGGUUCGUUUGGGGAUGAUGAGGAGGAUGGCGAUAGGGGUGAUGGUGGUGGAGGAGGAGGGAAUGGUGGUGGGAGUGAUGGCGGUGGUGGCGGAGCUAAUGCGAGCCAGGGCCAGUGGAAGCCACCCGAGAAAGACUGGGAGCUCGUGAGGGAUACCUACAGUCUGGAGAACGGCCGCUGCUCGUACGAUGAGCUCAGAGAGGGAGGAAGUAGGGAGUAUGAUGCCGAUGUGGCCAGCUUCGCGCUGGGAAGCAGCAGGGGUGGAGGAAGAAGAAGAGGAGGUGGAAUGGCUAGAGGGAGGCGUUCAGGGAGCGUUGCAACGCACACAACCACUACAGGCUACACAUCGAACCUAUCCACCAGGAUCUCAAACCUGUCAUCCAGGCUCUCACAACUCCACUCCAACUCUUCAAACCUUGCUCGCCCUCCCUCGAUUGCCCACUCCAGGGCCAGCUCGCCGCUCUUUGUAGGCAGCUCAGAUGACGACAGCGAGCUGGUCAUCCUAGACUCGGGGCCCAUGUCCUUCAACAGAACCACCGAAGCCGCCGACGGAGAGCGCUUACGAGCCAUGCUAGACGAUCUCCCCCCCACCAACCCCUCUGCUCAAGGUAGCAUGCAAACCCCUCAUUCAACAGCCCCAAGACGCUCCACCACCACUUCCUCCCUCUUCGUCAGCGGCUACAACACCCCUCUUAUCAAAAACUCCAGCACACCAACUCCUCAAGCUCCCCCAAGAACCCCCUCAAUGUCAGCCUUGCCCCCUGGCAUCGCCCAACCCCCCAGCGGCGGGCUCUUCGUCACCCCUCGCCCCUCCGCUCCCACUCCUCCCCGCCUGGCACCAUCAACACCCUCCAUACAGCGGGAGUCAUCCACCCCCGUCCUCAUAAUCCACCCCUCUAGGUCAGGGGAGCAGAUCGAUCUCACCCAUGAUGACGACGCGUCCGAAAUCGUGGAUUUGACCGAGCAAAACGACGAGGACACCGACGAUGACAAGGACAGUGUCAUCUCCAGCGAUAGUGACGACGAUUCCGACAACGAGGAGGAGGACACACCCGAUGCGAACCUGCUCAGAACACCACCUCCUAGCUCACGCAAGAAGCGGGGGCUCGAUGAUCCAGGGGGGGGGAGUUCAUGUAAUUAG